CAUCACCCAUUCGGUGCAUGUACAAUGUUUGAGAAAGGUCCAUCAGACAUUUUUUUAAAUGUGUUUAAUAAAAAAUAUGGAUGUGGCUGAUAAUUACAGAUAAACCUCUAUGGAUGUCAUAGUGCUCCUCCUCCAGCCACUCUCUCCACGCCUCUCUGUUGCCCAUGUCCCUUUUAUCCGCCCUGUCAUUCAAAGAGCAGAGUCAGGGGGCAGAAAAGUGCAUUACUUUUGCAGUUACUCUGUGAUCGAAGAGGAGUGAAAAAAGGUGAAAUAUAAGUAAGCAGAAAGGAGGACAUAUUCUGACAGACCAGUGGAUUAAACUUGCAUUUGAAGAAAUAUACAUACGCUUCAAAAGAAAGUAACGUAGAGGCACUUCUACCUCACAAAGUCAGUGUAACUCCAUCAGCCAUGAGUUUAAGGAGAGCAUGCAUCUUCCUCCGAGGAGGGAAAAAAAUUGAAAGAACAUUGGCAGAUGAUGAAAUAGAAGAAUUACAAGAGGCAUUCAAUGAGUUUGACAAAGACAAGGACGGCCUGAUUGGCUGCAAGGACCUUGGGAACUUGAUGAGGAUGAUGGGCUACAUGCCCACAGAGAUGGAGCUCACUGAGCUGAGCCAGAAAAUCAACAUGAACUUGGGAGGAAAGGUGGAUUUUGAAGAUUUUGUGGAAUUAAUGGCCCCAAAACUCCUGGCAGAAACCGCUGGCAUGAUUGGACUAAAGGAACUAAAGGAUGCCUUCAAAGAAUUCGAUUUGGACGGAGAUGGAGAGAUAAGCAUGGAGGAAAUGCGGAGCGCUAUGGAGAAGCUACUGGGACAGCACAUGAGUCACAGAGAGAUUGACGCUGUGCUCAGAGAGGCUGACAACAAUGGGGAUGGCUCAGUGGAUUUUGAGGAAUUUGUAAGAAUGAUGUCUUGCCAAUGAAAGACAGAAGAAUGGAAAAGUGAAAUAAGAACAAAGGGAGGGAAGACUGUGUCAGGCCUGCCUAGUGUGUUCACCUGUAACGUGUUAAUUGGUAAUUGCCCUGCCCUUAUUAUCUUCAAGUGCUGCAUCUGUGGUUUACCCUUUAUACUGUAUGUGAGGCCUUAGGCCCUGACUAGCAAGUCGAGCAUUGCCUGUGUGAUAGUGGUCAUUGUUGUAUAGUGGUCAUUGUCUUUGUUCUGUGUCUUACUUGUAAUCUGUCUUGUUGUAGUGUAUCUCUUGUAUUGCACAAUCAACCCUAUUGACCUGCACCUGCAUGCUGUUUACCCUUGUUUAUAAAAUCAAAUCUUAUCAUUGUAAAAAUUGACACUGUAAACAUUUAAUUUCCAUGAAAAUCAAAAUGAUUCCCUUAAUCCAUAUAAUGGGAACUCUUUAGGAACAGACGGUGGAAAAGUAUCUGUCCAGAAUAUCUCCAGUUUGGGGAUAAAAUAGGUUAAGGCAAGAAAGAGGAUAUAAACUCCUGUAAUCUGGAUUUAAUCACAACACUGCAGUGAAUUUAUAACGGAAGUCAGUGAGAAGGAGAGUGAGACAGAGCCUGCAAAGCAGUUUGUUCCAGGUACCUGUACAUGUAAUGACUUUUAGCUCAUUUCAAUUACUGUAAAACUGCAGAUUUUCAAAAUGUGAAUUAUGUCAAUCAAUGUUUAAUUACCAUAACCCAUAAAAUAAC